UCGACGGGUCAUGGCGUGUGGCCAACACGCUGCCCUCUCAAUUCACAGAGCUUGAGAUCGAGCUGAGAAGCACGCCUCUUCUUGCUCUUUCGCUCAAUUUGAUCAACAACUCAUCCGCUUCGAGCUAUCCCCUUCCCUUCAAUCUCUGAAAUAUAGACAUCAUGUCUUCUUCCUGCCAUCAUUGUGGCCAGGUCCAUGCCUCCUCUUCGCCCGACUAUCCAAAACAAUUAGAUGACAGCCCCCAUGUCAUUUCCAUCCCACCGGAACAACAAAGCCACGAGCCGGUUCCACCACCCGAGCCUACCGUCGACUACCUGGCCAGGGCGCAGUGGCUCCGCGCCGCGGUGCUCGGAGCCAACGACGGCCUCGUCUCGGUCGCAUCGCUCAUGGUCGGCGUCGGCGCAGUCAACUCGACCGCAAAAGCCAUGCUGGUGUCGGGCCUGGCCGGCCUCGUGGCGGGCGCCUGCAGCAUGGCCAUCGGGGAGUUCGUGUCGGUCUACGCUCAGUACGACAUCGAAGUGGCGGAGCUGGAGCGGCUCGGCCGUGGGCUUGGAAAAGGCAUCGUCGCGAAGGAAGAAGACGUGAAUAAAAAGACUAGUCGUCUUCCCAAUCCGUGGCUCGCGGCGGGGGCGUCGGCUCUGGCGUUCUCGAUGGGAGCGCUGCUGCCUCUGUUGGGCGGAGGAUUUAUCAAGGCGUGGGGCGUGAGGGUGGCGGCGGUGUGUGCGGUCAGCAGCCUGGCUCUGCCCGGAUUCGGUGCGGCCGGGGCGGUGCUGGGCGGUGCCAACGUGACUAGGUCCGCUGUCAGGGUGCUGAUAGGAGGCUGGUUGGCCAUGUUGCUCACUUACGCCGUGCUCAGACUCUUCGCCCUUGUUUUCGAUAUGAACCUACUGCCCACCGGUUAAUUAAUUAGGCGGAAAAAAAAAAAACUAUGCCUUGUACUAAUUAUAGCCUUUAGAAAUAAAAAAAACUCCGGACUUUGUGGCGAAAAUUCUCUAGUGUUCCAUACUCAAUGUAAGUCUUGCUUGACUUAUCUCAUUGAAAGUGACUUAACCAAAUCCAUGCAUUAAAGCUAUAAGCUCCAAGCGAGAAGCCAAAUGCGUAAGGAAAAUUCAAACAAAGAGAGUUUAAAUGUACUUGUAUA